AUCUCUUAUUACGUUUUACGAAGCCGUGAAAAGACUGCCUUCGUCAGCGACCUUUUCCUCCGUUUGUGGGCGCGAUUCAAGCAUUCAUCCGAAAAGUCUCAUCAGGAACGAUUAAGAAAAGACUCUGCUUUUGAAGCGCAUCCUUGGAUUUUUGUGAGUACGUGCGUGUUGUGGUUAUCCGCGUGUUUUCGGCGUUCUAUUGAGUGAGGUGCAUCGGGUGCAAUAGUGAAAAAAACUCUUUCUAACCUAACAUUCGAAGCGCUUGAAAACGUGCUCUGGUCGGUAAACUGUUUUGAGGCAAAAAAUACGCUGCUGAAAGAAUUGUUUGAUUCAUCAUUAAGUUGAUUCGCAAUAGAAGAAAGUUUGCAAUAGAACAAACGUAGCAGCUUGCCAUCCAGAAAGCUACCGUAGUUGGUUUCGGCCGUAAACUGGAGGUUGUCAAAGGAGCUACGCCGCUACCGGUGCAACGCAGCAGAAGCGAAGCCAGGAGGUUUUGCUGCGCACCAUUUUAUUGAUGUUGAACUCGGCCGCACAAGAGGCCCUUCUAGUUCGCGCGUAAGCCAAUAUUGGUGUUUGGUUGUAUUUUACGCACCACCGUAGCGAAAUAUCGUAAACUCCAUUUUGUUUCCCUCAUUACAACCAUUGGUGUAAAACUCGUGUCUUGCGGACUGGGAAGUGUUGCUCGGCAUUUUUCGAUUGUAAACCGCUCUAUCAACCAAGGCUAUUUUCUAUCAAAGCAAGUGCACAGCCUUCGCCUUGGCAUUGGCUUCCCUCUGUCAAUCAACAUAUUUGGCAAACAAGGAAAAGAGUGCUUUGUUAGAAUAUCAGGAAGAAUCAGGUUCGUUAGGUUAGUUUUUACCCCUUGCACUCGAGCGGUAAACCGGUGAAACAUCAAACACGCAAUUACACCGGAAGAAGAUUGAUAACCUAGAAGGGGAGAAUUUCCACCUUGCUGGUAUAUACCUGUCGACGACCUAUUUUGCCGUCAGCGAUGGAGGAAGACAAGGAAUUGAAAAUGGCCAACGGAAACGAAAAGGUCGACCGAGCCCAAGAAGUAAUCGAUCUGGAAGACGAUGUCAUUAUCGUGAGUGAUGAUGACUUAGCUGCCGGAGGGGAACCGAAAGAUGGAGCUACGGCUGAUGGUGGCGAACUUGCUAUGAAAAGCCCUGGUUCGCUGGUUGAGAAGACCGGACGGCAUCGCGCACGCCGGGUGGCCAGAUCGAAUAGUAAAAGUGGUGUGCUGGGUGUCGCAGGCACACCCAACUUCGUAGCGCCGCAUCGUAAGUGGAAGAAUAGUCGCCGUUCGCGAAACUUGCACGGUCGUGGACUCCCGAAGAAGGGCGGGGCUGGUGGAAAGGGCGUGUGGGGUAAGCCGGGAGCCGAGGUGUUCGACGAGCUGGACGAUGAAGAUCCGAACGAUCCGAACUUCGAUAUCGACGCGUACAACAGCUCGCACAAUGUGGAACUAAAGGAGGUUGUAACAGCACCACCGGUGCAGCAACUGACUGAGGAAGAAAUCAUCAAGAAGAUGGAGUCGAUCCUCCUCGAGUAUUACGAAAACGGGGACACCCAUGAGGCAGCCGAUGGCUUGGAGCAUAUUCUUGCAUCCGAGAUGAAGCCCCUCGUCAUUAAAACGAUCGUUGGUGUUGCGUUUGAUCACAAGCAAUCACAGCGCGAGAUGACCUCCGUCUUGAUUUCGGACCUGUACGGUCGCGUAGUGACACGCGAUGAUAUCUGCGCCGGAUUCGAUCAGCUGUUGUACGAGUUGCCCGACAUCAUGCUUGACACACCAGAUGCUCCGCAUUUGUUGGGCAAUUUCAUUGCCCGGGCAAUUGCCGAUGACUGCGUUCCCCCAAAAUAUGCGUACGAUUGCGAGCGCGAGGAUUUGGAUACCCAUGCGCGGGCGGCGCUCGUGCGUGCCUCCGCAUUGUUAUCGAUGCCUGGUGGCUGGAGCAAACUGGACAACGUUUGGGGUGUCGGAGGCGCUCUCCGUCCAGUUCAGACUAUCACGCGACAAAUGACAAUGUUGCUGCAAGAGUACGUGGUGUCGCGCGAAAUUGAGGAAGCGCAGCGCUCGAUUAAAGAAUUGGAAGUUCCACAUUUCCACCAUGAGCUGAUCUAUGAGGCAAUCAUUAUGACGCUCGAGGCGUUCAACGAGUCAAUCGAGGAAGCAAUUUGCCACCUGUUCCGGACGCUCGACAGUACCUGUAUCGUUUCGCCAGAGCAGAUGGAGUUAGGAUUUCGGCGUGUCUACGAUGACAUGACGGACAUUGUACUAGACAUACCGCUCGCUUACUCCAUCCUCGAUCGCUUCAUCCAACGUUGCCGACGAGCUGGCUCAUUCCUCAGCGAAACUCUCAUCAAGGACCUUCCUACACGUGGACGCAAGCGUUUCGUCUCAGAAGGCGACGGUGGUCUGGUGAAGCAAGUAAAUUUUCUAAAGAAUAUGUAAGAAACAAGAAAAAUAUGCGAGCUGCAGAUAUCGAGCAAACAAUGUACAAAUUGUAAUGCUCAUCUCACUACAAUGAAACCCCAGCAAUUUGGCAGCAUAGCAAACUAAAUAAGUGUUUCUCUUCAACAUCAUUUAUUUCAUUUUUUACAUACCGAUUUCUUUGCUGCCUAAUAUACAACGUUAUCUCGUCGUUGUUAGCAUUUAAAUUGUAUAUGAUUCAAAACUGUGUAAGGAAAGCAAGACCCAAUGUGAGUCUCGAUAUUGCAUAGCUCAGAGGAAGUCAAGAGAUUAUGAUUUUGCUUACUUUCAAUGAAAUGCGAAGUAAUGAAUUACAAAGAAAGAAGAGACUGAGCUCGUCUUUUGGGAGAAAGACAAGAACAGGAUUUUAUUUUAAAUGUAUUGCCCAUCCUAUUGAAAACUCUUCGAGUCUUCUGAAUGAAUUCACGAAUUCUGUAAAAAACAUCAAUUGUCGUAAAAAUAAAUUAACAAUACAUGGAAAAAAUUGCACCUUUACGUAUCAA